GGUUUCCCAAAUGCACACAUAAAAGCAUCCCAAAGUCGAGUUUGCCACUUUUCAUUUCAACCAAAGUUGGUAUACAUCAUUCUCCCUUUUCUUAUAACCAUAAUAAUAAUAAUAAUAAUAUCACACACACACACACACAAAAAGAUAUGGCAAUACUUGAUCAAAAUGAAGAAGAAAAAGAAGUCGAAUUUGAUAAGAUGGCCAUUAUUGUUCCAACUACACUUGCCACCAUUGAAUCCUUAACUUUCCCACUUCAGGUUCAAGAAGUUGUUCUUUUAGCUGAUUUUCGAUGCAAAAGAUGUCAAGAUAGAGUUGCUGACAUAGUUUCCAGAUUAGAUGGUGAGGCAGAGUCAAUGGAGAUCAGUUUGAAGGAGAAGAAGGUAACGAUUACGUUGAGUCGUAGACAUCCCAAAGUGCUUAAAAUGCUUGAAAACGAACUACAAUCUGUUACAAUGUACAAAAGCCCGGCUAACAAGUGUUCUAUAGUUAGAAAGAUGUUUCACUCUUCGUGUGGUUGAUUUGUGUAUAGAUAUAUUUAUUUUCCUUUACUAACAUAUGGGCAGGAAAACCAUUGUUGUUGUAUAUAUGAAACUAGGUUAUACCGAACGAUUUGACAUCAAAAAAUUAAUAAUUAAAAGUGGUAUUGUUAUUA